UACAUCGUUAGCAGUCUCCCUUGACCCCUCGAGUCGUCCCCGGGCCGCAUCGGUUCACAACCUCAAAUGGAGUUCCGACGCUCGCGCAUCCUCGUAGCGCUUCUAUCUCUGACGCUCCUCGCCGCGACGCUUCCGCGCCACGUGUCCUCCGCCCCCGCGUUCAGCGGCGGAUGGGGCGCAGAAUCCCACCUCAGUACCCCCGCCGCCGCGGCCGGGGGCAGCCCGCGUCACAGCGACAACUAUUCGAGCAGGACGGAGUUUAACGACGGUGUCAUAGUACCGCAUGUCACUGUCACUCCCUUGGUGUUCUCUUCUGACGGAAACUACAGCACGGCAAGCUCAAGCACGAGUUCGGAUUCUCGCCAGCAUAAGAGGAGGUUUCUUCCUCUGGAAAGCCCACGUGGACGGGAAGGAGCGCCGCCCGACUAUUUCGAGCGCAAGUACCCUGGCGGCUGGUUGACCUCGGGGCCGUUUCUCGACUCGCGCGUCGAGUCGUCGGACCUCACGUCUUUAAUCUCCGCACGUGCGCGCUCCCACGUGCCGGCCUUCAUCAGCGCGUAUGCCGUCUCGUCGCCUCGCCCGCUUGUCUACUUCUCUGUCUUGUGGCAGCCGAAUUCCCAGAAGCUCGGGUGGGUGCUGGUGUUCAACCUCAACGGCCAGCAGUUCCAAGACGCCCUGCACCGUUACAUCUCCUCGGGCUACAAGCCCGCACAGGUGGAGAGCUACUACGUGGCGGACCACCACGGGCUCUACUACUCCGCCAUCUUCCUUGCUGACGUGGCAUGGCCAGCUGGCAGCAGCACACGGGUGGAGGCCGUGUUUGGCGUCCCGCACGACAGCAGCUACUGUUGCGGCCCCUCGUCUCGCUGGCUGCAGCUGCAGCGACAGGGCUUCAGUCCGCUGAGUGUUUCCCUGACUGAGGACCCAGUAAGAGGGAUAGUCUACGUGGCGGAUGUGUGGAACGACGCCCCCACGAGGGGCGGGUGGCAGGGUGGGCUGGCCAAGACCGAGGCGCAGCUGCAGCAGGCGCUGGGGUCGCUUCUGCCUCCCCUGGUCCCCACCUACCUCAAAGCGUACUGGGUGUCUUCGCAAAAGCAGGUAUUCUACGCAUACAUCGCCCGUGCUGUGCCCUCCACGCCUCCCCGCUCCACCCUCACGACCGACGUCAGCCGCAGCGCCUUUGAGCUGCUCGCGCUCUCCCUCAGGCAGCCCCCUCUCUUUGUCUCCUCCUACGGGCCUCCGGACGGGGGCGCUCAGGGGAGUGGUGCUGCUGGGUCGGGGGAGCGGUAUGCCGUGCUGUGGCAGACUGAUGGGGCGAUGGUGGGAGGGGGGGACGAUAGAUUGGCUCACAAGUAGAUGAGCUGCUCGCGCUCUCCCUCAAGCAGUCCCCUCUCUUUGUCUCCUCCUACGGGCCUCCGGAUGGGGCCGCUCAGGGGAGCGGUGCUGCUGGGUCGUGGUGAGGUAUGGUGUGCUGUGGCAGACUGAUGGGGCAGUUGGGUGGGGAGAGAGGAGUAUAUCAGCUUACCGAUAGUGCUCUACACGUCGCACAUGGGAUUGUAAAAUGUUGGCGCUUAGGAGAGUGGUGCUGUUGGGUUGGGGAAGAGGUAUGCUACCCUGUGGCAGAAUGACGGGGAAUGGGCAGGGUGGGAAGGAGGGAAGGGCACAUAAGGUGGAGUAGCUGAUGAGCGGGGUUUGUUUGCUCCUACCGUGCUUGGAUGGGAGGCUAAGGAGUCUGGUUGCUGGGCUGGCAUGGAGAGGAUGUUGCUCUGUGGCAGACGUAUGGAGCUGGGGUGGGGGAAGAGGGAGACACACACAGAUACACGGUGGACUAUAUUGCGGAUAGUGCAAGAGUAGUUGCGAUGUGAAUGGUAACUCGUGGAGCAUGGGUACAAGAGAUAUGGUCAUUUUGUUGUAGGGAGAGACGGCCGACGGCGUGUGGCAUAUAUGUUUAUGAUAAUUAUAUUAUAUGGAAGCUACCAUGUGCUGGUAGGCGUGAGGUGAUUAGAAAAAUAUUUGAUGUGUGUUUGUCACAUCUUAAAAUUGA